GCCGGCUGCCGCUGACCCGGCAGCGCGGAGGCCGAGCUGAUCCCCGGCCCGGCUCCCGCUGCCGCCCAUCGGCCGCCGCCAUGUCGCUGCUACAAUCGGCGCUUGAUUUUCUGGCGGGCCCUGGUUCUCUGGGCGGAGCUGCUGGCCGCGAUCAGAGCGACUUCGUGGGACAGACGGUGGAACUGGGCGAGCUGCGCCUGCGGGUGCGGCGGGUCCUCGCUGAGGGAGGGUUUGCAUUUGUUUAUGAAGCUCAAGAUCUGGGAAGUGGCAGAGAGUAUGCAUUAAAGAGGUUACUGUCCAAUGAAGAGGAAAAGAACAGAGCCAUCAUUCAGGAAGUUUGCUUCUUGAAAAAGCUUUCCGGCCACCCCAACAUUGUCCAGUUCUGCUCUGCAGCAUCCAUAGGAAAAGAGGAAUCGGAUACUGGGCAAGCUGAGUUCCUCCUGCUUACCGAACUCUGUAAAGGGCAGCUGGUGGAGUUUCUCAAGAGAGUUGAAUGUAAAGGCCCUCUGCCCUGUGACACUGUCCUGAAGAUCUUCUACCAGACGUGCAGAGCAGUGCAACACAUGCACAGGCAGAAACCACCCAUCAUCCACAGGGACCUCAAGGUUGAAAACUUGUUGCUUAGUAACCAGGGAACCAUUAAGCUGUGUGACUUUGGCAGUGCCACGACCAUCUCCCAUUAUCCUGACUACAGCUGGAGCGCCCAGAAGCGAGCAAUGGUGGAGGAAGAGAUCACAAGAAAUACUACACCCAUGUACAGAACGCCAGAAAUUGUAGACCUGUAUUCCAACUUCCCCAUCGGCGAGAAGCAGGACAUCUGGGCCCUUGGCUGCAUCUUGUACCUGCUGUGUUUCCGACAGCAUCCUUUUGAGGAUGGAGCAAAACUUCGAAUUGUUAAUGGGAAGUACUCAAUUCCUGUGAAUGAUACUCGUUACACAGUUUUCCAUGACCUCAUUCGUGCCAUGCUGAAGGUCAACCCAGAGGAGCGGCUAUCGAUUGCUGAGGUGGUCCGCCAGCUGCAGGAGAUUGCUGCAGCCAGGAAUGUGAACCCCAAGGCCCCCAUCACAGAACUGCUGGAGCAAAAUGGAGGCUAUGGGAACCCAGGGCCUUCCCGAGGACCACCCCCACCUGGGGGUCCUGCGAGCAGUGGGUACAGUGGAGGCCUGGCUCUGGCAGAAUAUGACCAGCACUAUGGUGGGUUUCUCGACAUCCUGCGGGGUGGAACAGAGCGGCUCUUCACCAACCUCAAGGACACCUCUUCCAAAGUCAUCCAGUCUGUUGCUAACUAUGCGAAGGGUGAUCUGGAUAUAUCUUACAUCACAUCCAGGAUUGCCGUGAUGUCGUUCCCAGCAGAAGGCGUGGAGUCAGCAAUUAAAAAUAACAUAGAGGAUGUGCGAUUGUUUCUGGAUGCUAAGCACCCAGGACACUAUGCUGUCUACAACCUGUCUCCAAGGACAUACCGGGCAUCCAAGUUUCACAAUCGAGUUUCUGAGUGUGGCUGGGCAGCCAGGCGGGCACCACACCUCCAUAGCCUAUACACCCUUUGCAGAAACAUGCACUCCUGGCUCCGGGAAGACCACAGGAACAUCUGUGUUGUGCAUUGCAUGGAUGGGAGAGCUGCAUCUGCUGUGGCAGUCUGUGCCUUCCUGUGUUUCUGCCGCCUCUUCAGCACUGCAGAGGCUGCUGUGUACAUGUUUAGCAUGAAGCGCUGCCCACCAGGCAUUUGGCCAUCCCACAAAAGGUACAUCGAGUAUGUCUGUGACAUGGUGGCAGAGGAGCCCAUCACUCCACAUAGCAAGCCAAUGCUGGUGAAGUCUGUCAUCAUGACCCCUGUGCCACUAUUCAGCAAGCAGAGGAAUGGCUGUCGUCCCUUCUGUGAGGUCUAUGUGGGGGAUGAGCGAGUGACCACCACGUCCCAGGAGUAUGACAGGAUGAAGGAAUUUAAAAUUGAGGAUGGCAAGGCGGUUAUCCCCCUGGGCAUCACAGUACAAGGGGAUGUGCUCAUCAUCAUUUACCAUGCCAGGUCCACCCUGGGAGGGAGGUUGCAGGCCAAGAUGGCGUCCAUGAAGAUGUUUCAGAUCCAGUUCCACACCGGGUUCGUGCCUCGGAAUGCAACCACCGUGAAAUUUGCAAAGUAUGACUUAGAUGCAUGUGACAUUCAGGAGAAGUACCCAGAUCUGUUCCAGGUGAACCUGGAAGUGGAGGUGGAAUCCAGGGACAAGCCCAGUCGGGAAGCCCCUCCCUGGGAGAAUGCUAGCCUGAGGGGCCUAAAUCCCAAGAUCCUGUUUUCCAGCAGAGAGGAGCAGCAGGAUAUCCUGUCUAAAUUUGGGAAGCCGGAGCUCCCCCGGCAGCCGGGCUCCACAGCUCAGUAUGACGCUGAGGCGGGCUCUCCAGAGGCUGAGAUCACAGAAUCGGACUCACCGCAGAGCAGCAGCACGGACACCAACCACUUUCUGCACACGCUGGACUGGCAGGAGGAGAAAGAACCAGAGACAGGUGUGGACAAUACCUCUCCUAAGGAGAGUCGUUCUGUUCUGAUUGCUGACAGAGACGGAAGCGAAGCAUCAGACGAAGAGGAGCCUCCAUUCCUCAGUGAGGACAGAGAGCCAGGGGCUGGCGAGGAUGCACCAGGCCUAGCAGUUGGAGCUCAACAGCAGGACUUACUAUUUGAUGUGGGUGCACCACCUGCCCCACAGGAGCCUGCCCAGCAGGAAGAGGGUGUUGACCUCCUGGGUCUGCACUCUGAGGCGGACUCAGGACCUACUGCUCCCUCACAGGCCUGUGGGGUCCCCUCCAGCAAUACUGACCUGCUAAGCUGCUUUCUUGGGCCAUCUGACACUGCUCAAGUGAGACCCCCUGAUGACCUGCUUGGUGGCGAGACCCCUCUUCUCCUGGCAAACCCAGUUCCUCCUCUGGGUGUACAGAGCGCCCCACAAGGAGGAGUUUCUACUGCUGCUGACCCAUUUGACCCACUACUGCUAUCCUCGAACUCCAGCACCCAGCCUUGCUCGAAGCCUGAUCUCUUUGGCGAGUUUCUCAACCCUGACUGUGCAACAGCCUCACCUGCCUUCCCCUCUACUCACAGUGCCCCACCCCCAUCCUGCAACACUGCCUUUCUGCACCUGGGGGAUCUGUCAGCAGAGCCCAGCAAAGUGGUAGCUUCAUCCAGCCACCCAGAUCUGCUGGGAGGAUGGGAUGCCUGGGCCGAGGCCACUGUGCCUGGAAUGGCCCCCACGCCCGCAGCAGAAGGUGCCCGCUUUUCUCCUGGGGGUCAGUCAGUCCCUUCUGCUCCCCUGCCCAGUCAGCCAAAGUCUCAGAGCCUGGACCCAUUUGCUGACCUUGGAGACCUCAGCUCCAGCCUCCCAGGCUCAACUGCUGGACUCCCUACAGGGGGCUUUGUAACCACGUCCACUUCCAUUCCCAAGGGCAGCAGCUCCUGGCAAACAACUCGGUCCACAGCCCAGGGAACCUCAUGGCCCCCACAACCAAAACCAGCUGCUAAAGCCUCUACACAGCCACGGUCUCACUAUUCCACAAACUUCAGUGUAAUUGGAGGUCGAGAGGAAAGGGGUGUCCGUGUGCCCAGCUUUGCCCAAAAGCCAAAGGUCUCAGAGAAUGACUUUGAAGAUCUGUUGCCCAAUCAAGGCUUCUCCAAGUCUGACAAGAAGGGGCCAAAGACCAUGGCAGAGAUGCGGAAGCAGGACCUCACCAGAGACACAGACCCACUCAAGCUAAAGCUCCUGGACUGGAUUGAAGGCAAGGAGAGGAACAUCCGUGCACUGCUGUCUACGCUGCACACAGUGCUCUGGGAUGGGGAGAGCCGCUGGACGCCCGUGAGCAUGGCUGACUUGGUAACCCCAGGGCAGGUGAAGAAGCAAUACCGCCGGGCAGUGCUGGUCGUGCAUCCUGACAAGGUCAUGCCUACCCUGCUCCAUCCCCAACAGGCCACAGGGCAGCCAUAUGAACAGUAUGCCAAGAUGAUCUUCAUGGAGCUGAAUGACGCAUGGUCUGAGUUUGAGAACCAGGGCUCGCGGCCCCUCUUCUGAGGUCUGUGAUGGCUACAGCUGCACAAGCUGCUCAUGGAGUGCAAAGGUUGCCAGCCUGACCGUGGGGUGGCCACAGACCUAUAGCAGGUGUGGCAGGUGAAAUGGCCCUAAGGGCCUGGACCAUCUACUUCCCAUGACCCAAUCCAGUCCCUUCAUUCCUCCUGGACAGAUGCCAUUCCACAAUGGGGAGAGAAAGCAUUCCACAACUCGGGUGUUUGUUGAUUUCUUUUUCCUUUUUCUUAUCCCAGAGGAAAGUACUGAUCUAUGCUCCUUUCACAGCUGCCCUCAUCUGUGAUUUGCUCAGCAUCUGACAGCUGCCACCUCUUGAGUAGCAGGUGUCACUAGCACUAUGCUGCUGUCACGUUUCCGAAUCUGGGUGUGCAUCCACAUCCCACUCUGUGAUCAUUAUGCCAAUCGUCUGUACAUAAUUAAACUAUUUUCUGAUGGCUGCUGCCAUCUCCUGCUUGGGUACCACUCCUUCA